CCAAGCCAUUACAGUGCCAAACUCACUACUAGGAUAGGUUCUGCAGCUUAAACAUGUCUCGUCGUACAGCAGUAAUCGAAGAAUUCGACGAUGACACUGACCUCCCCCUCCCAUCGCGUCCACUCAAUGCUGGGCCGCGCGGACCCCUACUCGAAGAGAUAGGGCAUUCCGACGAAGAAGACAGUGAGUCUGAAUCGGACGAUGCGUCUGCGCUUGGCCAAGCAUCACAAUCACAAUCACAAUCACAAUCACAAUCUUCAUUCCACGCCCCAACGUCGUCUGGUCAAUCGCUUGGUCAACCAUCCAAUACCGUCACUGACAUCACGCCUUAUAAGAAAUGGACGUGCAUCUACCCCAUCUAUAUCGACGCAAAACGCCCAUAUGGGACGGGCGAGCGCCGAGUAGCGCGUGAGAAGAGCGUUUGGUGGCCUCUAAGCAAGGAUAUCGCAGAUGCGACUAGCCGGCUUGGAUUGGGCACCUUGCAUGAAGUGCAGAAAUCUCAUCCUAGAGACUGGGAGAACCCUGGUCGUGUGCGCGUGCAGUGGAAGAAAGAUGGGCGACUGCUGAACCCCGCGAUCAAAACGAAAAAACAGCUGCUGGAGAUGAUAUCAUUCCAGAUCCAACGGUUAAAACAAGAUAAUAUUCCCCGCCCACCAUACAUAAUGACCCCGCCUCCAGUUUCUGCCGCUCAACCAGCGAUCAAAACUCCUACCUCCGCGAAGGGCAAGCAAAAGUCUAAAGCGGGUUCUGGUGUUGCUGUGCAGCUUUCCAAGUCAAGUCAACAGCGCUUGCCUACACCUCCACAACCUCUGCCAGCUUUGGCAAGCCGAGUAUCUCCUUACUCACCGGCUUUACCCACGGGAAUGCUAAUCGAAACCGUUAAAGCUGGCAUGAGUGCGCAGGAGCCGGGUGCAGGAGCUGCUCCUGGCCAACCGGGUAUUCAAAAAGGUAAACGGAAGGUUCUCAGAGUUAGGGGAUGAUUUAGGACUCUAGUAAUGGUGCAAAUUCUCAUGUACAAGAUACUUGGAAACACUCACGAAUUAUUGGUGAUGAAUUUCCAACGCACUGCAUCAUUUCAAAU